GGUUUUUACGGCUCAAAGUCAGUGCCACACGUUUCAGUGUUGAUGUAUUUUGGCCACGAAAACCUGACGAAAACCGCCCCGCUUUAACGCGCCCCGUCUUCUCUAAAUCCCCGGGCCUUCAUCCCGCUGCUUAUAUCCGCCUCCCUGAGGAUACAGGAUCCUUAUCACGAGACGUCCUUUAUUGAAGCCCCUCUGUCCUGUGUGACCCCCUGACACAGAGAGGAUGGUGAUGGAGGAGGGGGGCCAGAGAGAUGGAGGGAGGGCUGCUCCAGUGGCUGCUCGAGCCGAGGGGAGGCAAAUCUUUGUGGAUCUUGGGGAGCAGAACCUUGAUGGCAUUUGUCUCUCUACGUAUCGAACCGCCUGCAAGCUCCGGUUCGUCCAGAAGAGAUGCAACUUGCACCUGAUUGACAUCUACAACGUGAUCGAGGCGGUGCGGGACGCGGGGCUGAACGCUGUGGAGCUCAAUGCCGGCAUCUCGGUCACCAGGCUGGAGAACCUGGUGUCCUCCCUGUUCAACCAGCUCAGCAAACGCCUGCCCACCACCCACACCAUCAACCCACAGGAGAGCACCGCCCUCCUGCUGGAGUUCCUCCUGGCUGCUGUCGAGUGUGAGCCGGAAAGCCGCCUGACGGUCCUCUCUGUGAAGGCCAUGCUGGCCAUUCUGUGUGGAGGGAAACUGGUGGACAAACUGCGCUAUGUGUUUUCUCAGGUAUCCGACUCCAACGGUGUGUUGGUGCUGUCCAAGUUUGACAGCUUUCUGAGGGAGGCUCUCAAGCUGCCGACCGCCGUGCAUGAAGGGCCUUCAUUUGGAUACACACAAACUGUGGCACGCUCCUGUUUCCCGCAGCAGAAGAGGGUGAUGCUCAACAUGUUCCUGGACAUCGUGGCCGACACCCCCCAGUGUCUCGUCUGGCUGCCUCUCCUCCACCGCAUGGCCAACGUGGAGCAUGUGUACCAUCCCGUCUCGUGCUCCUACUGCCGUGGAAACGGCAUGACGGGCUUUCGCUAUCGCUGCCUCCGCUGCCGUGGUUACCAGCUCUGCCAGAACUGCUUCUGGCGUGGCAACACCAGCGGUUCUCAUAGCAACCAGCACCAGAUGAAGGAGCACUCAUCCUGGAAGUCAUCGGCGACGAAGCUGGGCCGAGCCCUGAGCCGGACUCUGGGCUGCGUGUCGUCCAGGGAGGCGCCCCACCCAAUUUACCCCGAGGAGCCCGAGAGGACCCUCAACCUGGCCAACCUAGUCCCCUCCAGACAGACUGGGAACCCCAGCGAGGCCAUGCUGCUGUCUCCACCGGCACCCGAGUCCUCCAAGAGUUUGGCAGCAGCUCAGCGGAUGAACGAGGAGCACGCUCUGAUCGCAGCGUAUGUGAAUCGCCUGCAGAGCAGCCCCCGUGCUUUGGACAGUCCCAGCCGGCAGGACGAGGAGCACAAGCUGAUCGCCCGCUACACCUCCCGGCUGGCAGAGACCGACGGCGCAGGGGUGAUUCCCACCAGGAGCAUCAACUUUGACGUGAACAAACAGAAGAGGGAGCUGAUAGCUCAGCUGGAGUGCAAAAACAGGGAGAUCUUGGCCGAGAUCAAACGUCUCCGCCUGGAGCACGACGCGGCCUGCCAGCCCAGCCCCGAUAAGGGCAGCACCAACCCCACCCUGCUGGCCGAGCUCCGCCUGCUCAGACAGAGGAAAGAUGAACUGGAGCAGAGGAUGUCGUCUCUGCAGGAGAGCAGGAGGGAGCUGAUGGUGCAGCUGGAGGGCCUGAUGAAGCUGCUCAAGGACGAGGAGCAGCGGCAGGCAGCGCAGGCGGCCGGCUCCUCUCACGCCUCUCCCUCUCGGCCCAGCCCGUCCACCGCCCGCUCAGUGGGGGCGGCCUCUCCCCACGCCCACAUGUACCCCCCCCAGGACUCCCUGGCCGGGGUGGGGGGGGACGUCCAAGAGGCCUUUGCUCAAGGCCCGAGAAGAAACCUAAGGAAUGAUCUUCUGGUGGCAGCUGACUCCAUCACCAACACCGUCUCCUCGCUGGUCAAAGAGCUCCACUCCGAUGAAAGUCGGGAGGAUGAGGAAAGACUGCUGAACGGGAAAGACAGAGGUAAACAAAUCUCUUUUCCGAUCACGUUCCACUUAAAAGAAAACACAAACAUUUGUUAUAAUGCAGAGCAUGCAGAAAAAUAACAAAAUUGAAUAAAUAAAU